GGUCAAAGGUGAGAGGAGGCGGUGGCGGCGGCUUGAUUGUGCAGGAUGACGCUCCAGCCCUGGGCUAACCACAUGAAGCAGCAGAUAGCCACCGUUCCGUGCCCUGGGGGUGUGUGACUGGCUGCGGAGGAAAGGGGUUGAGUAAGAGAGGGUGAGCCCGCACUCGGGCCUGGCCGGUGUCCCUCGGAGAGUACCUGGUCAGGCCCUCGGUGGACUGACCCUGGUGUGAAAAACCUGAGCAGCAGCGGCUCCAGCCUCCGUCCUCGGGUCGCCGGCCUCACUCCGGGCAUUUCCCUGACUUUGUGCCGUGUCGUGUCGUGUCGUGUCCAGUCAGUCUCCAGGCUCUGCUCGGAAGGAGUCGAUCCUAGCGUUAGAAAGUAUGGAGACCACAACAAUGCACAGUACUCCAAAUGCUCAAAAAUGCAACACAUUUGACAGGGACGAAGAACUGAGUUAUAAGCUUGUGCGGUUUAGGAGGAGAGGGCAGCUUCUGCCAACAUUGGGACUCUACAAAAAUAUGAGCAUGGAAGGACUAACUGUAGAAGAUGAUAUCUCUAUAUUGAACCACGAAGAAGCAAGCCCUGAAAUAGCAAAUCUGAAGUAUAGCCGAAGUGCAGCUUCUUCAGGUGAUGAAUCUCUUGCUUCCCACUUUGCACUUGUCACGGCCUAUGAAGACAUCAAAAAACGACUGAAGGAAACAGAGUCUGAGAAUUCUUUCUUGAAGAAACGAGCCCGGAUGCUAGAAGAGAGGCUUCUCACUGCCUCUCUUGACAAUGAGAAAAAUUCUUUAGGAGAGGAAGAAGUGAAUAAAGCAUAUCAGGCUUAUCGGGAAGUCUGUAUUGAAAGAGAUAAAAUGAGACAGAGACUGGAAAGAAUGAUCAAAGAUCAAAUGGAUUCUGUGCGAAUUCUGAAUGAAACUCUGCAGGCUAAAGAAGUAGAGAUUCUUCAGCUCAGAAGUGAAGUUGAAACCCAUCAAGUGAUGGAUGAUCUGCAUAGAACCCAGAAUUCUUGGGAUUUAGCAAAAUCCAAUAAUGAGCUGAAGAUGUAUACCCUGAAUCAAGAGCUGGAGAUCCUUAAACAGGAAUGCAGUUUUCUUCGAGGAGAACUACACAACUGUAAACAAAAGGAAUCCAGCCUGAAUGACCGCAUGUCCAAAAGAGAGAUUCUGAACAAUGAGGAGACAGUAAGAGAAGUUGGUUUGCAGAAACCAUACCAGGAUCUGAAGAGAGAAAUGUCUAACUUACACUUGGUGACAAAGACACAAGCUGAACUUCUGCGAAAACUGUUAGCCACACAGGGCUCAACAAAGAAUGUUCAGUGUCUAGAUGACUUGGUACUUGACUGUGGGAAACUGGAGCUCAAUUCUUCUGGAGCAGUUUAUCGAGCAGCACGUUCCUCUUCAAAGGAUACUGAUGUGAAAAUUUCCAACUUUCCUCCAAGUCACCAUUUUCAGCAAGAGACAGCAGCCUUAUGUGAUCGGGAGUUCCUUGCACCGUGGACAAAUUCAAGACCCAGUCCUGUUGGCAGUGCUGGUUUGGAGGAAAUCGGUUCUUGUGGAAAGAGCUCAUUUGAUGAUAACUCAUGGGUUUUUCCUAGCUCACCAAUGGAUAACCCAAGCAAUGCAGCAUUUUGGAAAACUGGAAACAGCUGUCCCUCUUCGACAAUGAAAAUCCCUCUUGUGAAUAUACGUGAUUCAGACUCUGCAUUCAGGAGCUGAGCUAUAUAAUAUAAUUGAGAACUUUCUGUUAAUGGAAAUCGUCUGGUCACAGUUUGGCAAAUGUAAAUUUAGUUUAAAGCAAAUGGUUGGCCAGGCAAUAGUUUCUGUUGAUGCUUCUAUAAUUGGUAUCCCAUUUCAGAAAAGUAACCAUUUUUGAUAAUUGCUGAUAACCUUUACAGAAUGUGCCAAGUGUUAGACCUGUUGCACAGUGGCUUUUUUCUUUUUCCCAACUAAUAAUCCAUCUUGUGUAAAUUUUUUAAAAAAAAUACGAAUAAGCUUUUCUGUAUGCUGUCACAUGAACCUGAUCCUAGUUUUGGGAAGUGGUGCUGAAAAUGAUUUUGCAAGAAAGUCAUUGUGGCACUGGAGAACCUAGAAUCUGUAAGAAGUGCAAACCUGUUGGUCAUGUUAGCUAAAUUCUGUUUAACAUUAUGAAAACCAAUGAUGAAUUCUGUUUGAAAAUAAUGUUUUAUUCUGUGGUGAAAGAUAUUUUAUUUUUCUUGCACUGAUAUUGCACCUUCUGGUUAUUUUUGAUUCCUCUAAAAGUGCCUCCGUAUUUAAUGGAAUAUGCUUGGUUUUUCGUUCAGAAGUUUCUCUUUACUCCACUGCCAUUUUUGCUCAAAAGAAAACACAUAUUUGCUUUAAAGUUCAAAUAAGAUUUUAAAAAUAAAACUGCAGUUUUGUCAGUGCGUACGUAAGCAAUAUAAUGCUCUCAUGUAGCCUGUUGUGCUUGUCAGUGCAGUCUAGCAAUGGACAGAAAUUAUAAAAGGCUGAACUCUAAUUAUUGCUCAGUUUUCUUAAAGCUGUGAAAUGUCAAUAUUUCUCUUGAAAUAUGUUAAUACUUGCCAAGUUAUAGCCCAUUUGAAGGUUUUGACAAUAAAUGGAAAGUUUAGAUAGCCAUGUUAGUUUGUUCUUCAUUGGAUUAAGAGAAGUGAAUUUGAAUUCCAAUAUCAGUUGGUAUUCAUUCUCUAAUGGUGAGUUUAUUAACUUUAGCAAGUUUCCAAACAGGGCAGAGAAUGAUGGGAGAGAUCCAUCAGGAAGAGGACUAGCAUUAAUCGUGACCCAUGUUACCCACCAUGUUACAAAGGAAAAUUUGUGGUUGGCUGUAGAAGUGGAAACAUUAAAUGGAAAUAUUUAAAAUCAUUCUGUUUCAGUACUAUCGGAAAUCUGCAUUUAGGGAAAUAGUGAUAGAGUUGUAUUCAAUUUCUAGAUAUUUCUGAGUGGGAAUGAUUGUCAUUUCAGAGUAUCACAGCAAGCGCUUCUGAAUAUUUAGGUGCUGUAUCAGCUCUUUAAUCAGUUCAGAAUUUUAAAUGAUUUGUUGCAAAAAAAUGUGAUUUUGCAAUUUUAAGUUGUUCUGUGACACUUAUUUGCAAUAAGUGUCAAUUUAGCACUUAACAAUAGGUUAUGUCCAAUUUCAUCUAUUUAUAACCAUAUAAGCAAAGCAUAAAUUGGGUUUUAAAUUAUGGUUCAAAUUUUUUUGUCAAAUAAUAUAGCCCUUACAGAUCACUUGUGUACAUAUUGU